AAAAGGUAUUGGUAAUCUUGACAGACGGGUAUAGUAACACAGGGCAGGUCAGCGGGCCUUCUCGGCAACUGAAGAACUAUGGGGUUGUAAUAUUCAGUGUGGGGAUUGGACAGAGUUUAUCCAUGCGCGAACUGAGAGAAAUGGCAUCAGAUCCAGUGGAUCAACAUGUUAUCACUUUGAACAGUUUUUCCCAACUAGAAAGUCUUGCAGGAAAGAUGUCUUCACAGACAUGCAACGCAUCUCAUUUCCAAGUGUUUUGUGACAAAGACUACAUGACAGCUGUAUUUGAUCGCGGAGAUCUUCCAAAAAAUGUCAACAUCGACAAUCUGUAUCUUCGAAGUCGAAGUCGAUAUUGUAAAGCCAGCUCGAACUCAACUCAUGUCAUUGUAAAAACUCAGCUUACUGGUUGUGGAACAGUGUUCACAAAAGACGAUCAAACCCUCUAUUUUAGCAACGCUCUUUCUGAGGUGGAACAGAGUUAUAGUGGUUCUGGUGUUAUCACAAGAAAUUAUCUCUUCAAAGCCAACAUGACGUGUUCAUAUCCUCGAAAACGUACUGUUGGAUCUUUCAGUUUUGCCCCAGCAAAAGAAAGAACGCUUGUUGUUCUAAGUGGAAAAGGCAAUUUCUCUUUGUCAAUGGAUGUUUUCACGAGUUGGAAUUAUCGUGAUUCGUAUACUUCACAAGACUAUCCAGUUCUCAAAUCAUUGUCAGAUAAUCUUUAUAUUCAAUAUUCUGUAAACACGAGCAACUCAGAUCUUGUCGUGCGCGCAGAGACGUGUAGAGCUACACCUACGAACAGACCUUAUGAUACUCCACAGUAUGUCUUCAUUGAUGACGGCUGUGAUAAAGAUGAGACAAUCCGCCAUUAUUCAUACGGGAUGAGUUCUGUACAACGUUUCAGUAUCCAGGCUUUUCGCUUUCUGUCACAACAUCGGUUCGUCUACCUCCACUGCGAUCUUGUUGUCUGUUACAGAUAUGAUUCUAACUCUACCUGCUCCCGAAGUACUUCAUGUCCGCGACGAGUUCGUCGCGAUGCUGCCGAUAAACCAUCAGAUGAUGCAUCGAGAAAGUAUGCGCUGUCAUUUGGACCAUUGAUGCAUCGAAAGAAAUCAACUGACAAGAGCCAAAAGGGUCAAUCUGGUGUGAGCGCUACAUUGAUUGGUUCCGUAGUUGGGUUUGGGUGUCUCAGUCUGGUUCUUAUUGGUGCUUUGUUCUUUAUGAUUAAACGAUCUCGUCGCCGUGCAUCCACUGAUCAACCGCAGACUGGGGCCGAGAACAAGAAACCUAUGGCAAUGCAGAAUUUGGGUUUUUCUUAAUUUCUGUUUUCUUUUUAAACUGUUUGUAUACGAGCUUAACAUAAUUUGUAGAGUGUAGCAUUUAAAUCAACUUGUUUUGUCUUCCAAAUGAUCAAACGUGUCUAAAUCCAUAUUAUUGAUUCAUUUAGUAGUAUGAUAUGAGGGAAAAUGUGUUGCUUUCUUCAGGAAAGUUCAAAUUGGAAAGAAUUGGUAAAAUAUAUUUUCUUGCCAGUCAUUUUCAGCGAGGCUAUUUCCUCACGUAGAAUGCAAACGUAUCUAUAUUUGAUUAACUAUUUUUUAUUAUAUCAUGAUUGAAUGUUGGGAAAUAGUAAAAUAAAGUAUCGUUAUGGGGUAUAUGUGGUAGCUUGAUUCAUUUAAUCAGUGGCGGAUUCAGGGUAAUUCAGAAUAAAUUACACGGACUAAUUUCCAAUUCAAAACACCUGAAUAAUAAUAACAUUAAUUAUUGGUUAUUGUUUUCUAAAGACUAAAGAAAA